AUGGAUAGGGCAUUAUUCAAGACACUCCAUAAAUUGAAAGGUGGGAAUAAUGGUUAUCCAUCUUUUGGUGGUAGUUAUGGAAUUGGAAUGAAUUUUGACGCAUGGAUGAACCCAUGUACUGAAAGUGGCUCUAGCUUCAAUAGUGGUAUCCAGCGUGGAUGGCAUCUUAAUCCAUAUUACAAUGGAAAUUCAGGUGGAUUCAACAACUAUUUAGUAACUUUUUGGGGUAUUUUUGCCCUUAAUCACUCUUCUAGUUCCACAAGCUCUAAUUUCUUUGUGCCAUUUAGAAAUGGGGACCUUCUUAGUGGAAUUGGGAACAAUAAUGUGAAUUGGGGAAACCCUCAUCAUGUGCCUGCUCUAGGUGCCAAUAAUUGCUCUGUUCUUUGUACUAGAAACUUUGGUUAUGGGUCCAAUGAAAGCAACUUUGGUCAAGGUUCCAAUGUUUAUGGAAGGAAUGUUGGAUCAAGUGGUGUCAGUAACUUAAACCAAUCAACCAAUGGGUAUGCAAGGAACUUUGGAGAUUCAUCAAUAGGUGGUGGCUCCAUCUAUGGAGACACAACUUCGACAUCAGGAUCUUUUGAGCGUGAUGUUACAAAAAUGGUUUCAACCGGUUACAUGGGCCAUUGA